AUGAUAACGCGCAUUUCUGCCUAUUAUCACCAAAUAAAGAACGAUACCAAAGUAAAUGUUGUUGGAGGUUAUAAUUUCAAUGGGACAAAUGGACAACGAGACCCAUUCAGUCAGACAUACAAUCCAGGGUGGCAGGAUCCCCCAAACUUUAAAUUGGACAGACAAAAUGAGCAAGCUCAACCUAGUCAUAGAGCUUCAUCUAGCUCAGCACCUUUUUCUUCGAGGCUUGCAAGGCCAAAGGAGCUCGUGGAAGACAAGGAUAAGGAGCUAUUGGAGAUGUUAAGGAAGGUGGAAAUCAACAUUCCCCUCCUUGAUGCUGUAAAACAAAUUCCAAAGUAUGCCAAAUUUCUCAAGCAACUAUGCACGAGGAAGAGACAAGCAAAAGAGAAAGAGAGGAUGGUGGUAAGUCAAUCAGUGUCUGCGAUCCUUCAAAAGAACUUGCCUGAAAAACAAAAGGAUCCAGAACCUACGUCCAUUUCAUCUGCAUCAAUGUUGCUUGGUCGGACUUUCAUGGAAACGACCAAAACAAAGAUCGAUAUGGAUGAAGGUACUUUGUCUGUUGAGUUUGAAGGUGAAGAAGUAGUUUGGGACGUCUAUGAUGAUGACGAGGAUGAUUUAACCGAUUUGAUUUCACUUGCACCUAAAGUGGAGCUGAAGGAGCUUUCUGACCAUCUGAAAUAUGCGUAUCUAGGAGAAGUUGAAACAUUUCCCGUGAUUAUUUCAAAGAAUUUGACUGAUGAGCACGAAAAGCAGGUGGUGAAGGUCUUGCAAACAUACAAGCUUGCCAUUGGGUGGACAUUGGCGGACAUCAAAUGUAUUAGCCCUGUUAUCCUGAUUAACCAAGAAGAUCAACAAAAGAUGAACUUUACAUGCCCUUAUGGCAUCUUUGUUUUUAGGAUGAUGCCGUUUGGGCUAUGUAACGCUUCAGAUACUUUCCAGGGCUGCAUGAUGAGUAUCUUCUCUAAAUUUAUUGAGAGCUAUAUGGAGGACUUUUUGUCAAACUUGUCUAGGGUUCUAGAGCGAUAUAUUAAGUCUAACCUUGUGCUUAAUUUUGAAAAAUGUCAUUUUAUGCCCUCACAUGGGAUUGUACUUGGACAUAUUAUUUCUGAGCAUGGUAUAGAGGUCGAUUUUGCUAAAGUUAAUGUUAUUGCUAAGCUCUCUUACCCCACAAACAUGAGGGAGGUUCAAUCUUUUCUUAGGCAUGCAGGUUUCUACCAUUGGUUUAUCAAGGAUUUUAGUAAAAUUGCUCAGUCAAUGGUCUCUCUUCUUCACAAUGAUGUUUCCUUUGAAUUUUAUGAUGAAUGCAAGACAAUCUUUGAUGUGCUGAAGAAUGCCCAAUCGUGUGCUAUAGUUAUUCUGGCUCCUCGUUGGGAUCUUCCCUUCGAUAUCAUGUGCAACGUAAGCAACCAUGCUGUUCGAGCGGUUUUGGGCUAG